GAAACAGGUAAAUUCAGUCUCUCGCUUAUUGUGUGAGCGAGUCGGUUCGCUAUAUUUUGUCAACUUAGUUGGAUCAACUUGGGGUUCAGGAAAUAUAUCCUGUCCUAAAUCCGACUGGAAGGUCGACAACGAGACUUGUCGGUCGGUUGUGUAGCAGUGUCUAAUAUUGAGCCGGGUUUCUGGUGUUAUUCCUUUUGUAAAUACUGUUAUUUGUAUAUACUGUAAAUGAUGACGUCCAUGGGCGGGAACCGAGCCCGGGGCAGCUGGGAUCAGACACAGGGCCAAACACAGAGUCAGACACAGCACAAGCAAAGGCCUCAGGCUACUGCAGAGCAGAUCCGACUGGCCCAGAUGAUUUCAGACCACAAUGAUGCAGACUUUGAAGAGAAGGUCAAACAGCUGAUUGACAUCACAGGCAAGGACCAGGAUGAGUCUAUGAUCGCACUGCAUGACUGCAACGGGGAUGUCAACAGAGCCAUUAACGUGUUGCUGGAGGGUAGCCCAGACACUGACUCUUGGGAAAUGGUGGGGAAGAAGAAAGGGGUGUCUGGCCAGAAGGAGACGAGCCAGUCCGAGACUGGAGAGGACGGAAAAGAGAACAGGGAGAAAGGAGGAGAGAAAGAUGCAGCACGUCGUCGCGGUGGAGCUCCACGCAAGGGCCGUGGAGCCAGCAGGGGCCGAGAGUUUCGUGGUCAGGAAAAUGGCUUGGAUGGAGCCAAGGCUGGAGUAGUGGGAAGAGGUGCCGAGCGAGGCCGGAGGGGAAGAGGCAGAGGAAGAGGGACUGUUGGAGUAUCUGGACGGCGGGGAGGCAGAUUUUCGGCGCAGGGCAUGGGCCAGAUUGAUAAGGGGCCCAGAUAUGAUAUUGCAGGAGGUGAGAGAACAUUCAACCCUGCCGACUACGCGGAGCCAGCCCAGACAGAUGAAAACUACGGUGGGGGCAGCACCUGGAAUAACACAGGAAGUGGGGAGCUUGAGGAGGAAGCUAGGUCGGAAUACGCUCCAGCGGAGGGAACAAAUUACCCGCCCAAGUUUGACUCUGCUCCUGGCGCUUGGCGGACUGCCACUGAGGAGUGGGGCACUGAGGACUGGAAUGAGGAUCUUUCAGAGACGAAGAUAUUCACAGCUUCCAGCGUGGCCUCUGUGCCUCUGCCUCAAGAGAAUGUUACCAUCACCAAAGGACAGAGGAUUGACCUUGCGGUGCUCCUGGGCAAGACUCCCCCGUCCUCCUCCUCAGAGACAGAAAACCCCCCAAUGGAGGCCGCCCAGCCCUCCUCCUUGUCCCAGUCACUGGUUUUCAGCAACUCCAAGCAAGGGGUGCCACUUUCCCAAACAUCCUCCAGCACCCCUUACACCCAGCACAGCGUGGUCAGCAUGCUGAGCAAGGGCUUCGGGGAGGUCGGCGAACCCAAAGGAGCCAGCACGGGGACAACCGGCUCUCAGUUCCUGGAGCAAUAUAAAACAGCCCAGGCACUGGCCCAGCUGGCAGCCCAGCACUCCCAAACUGGACCCCCCAACACAACCCAUUCUUCCUGGGACACCAGUGCACCCUCACUGGGACAAUACGGUGAGAUGACAUCGUACUAUAUGAAGACUCAGCCAGAGUCAGCGGUCCAUUCGCCCUUUACAAAGCGGCAGCCCUACCAGACCGCCACCUCGUCCAUGUUGGAUGUUUUCCUGCCUCCUUCCUCCUCGUCUUCUCCCUCGCCCCACGCGGUGCCUCCGCCAGCCUCCUCUCUACCCAAAAUGGCAGCAAUUCCCUCUCUAGGUCAGCAAGUUUCCCCGAGUUCCUCAGAUGCCCAGGGUUCAAGUCCUCUGCCUUUGCAGCAACACAAACUCAAACAGCAAAAGAAGAGGACUUCCAUCUCAACAAAGAUCCCGGCAAUGGCAGUAGAGAUGCCUGGCUCAUCAGACAUGUCGGGCAUCAAACUUCAGUUUGGAGCCCUGCAGUUUGGGUCGGAACCGGUUCUGCCAGACUACGAUUCCCCCCCCGCCACCACCACACAAGCCCACCAAGUCCAGAACAGUCUCUACACUAGCCCCAGCAGUGAGUCAACUCCAGCUCUUUCCAACUCCAGUCAGAUGGACCUGUACGAUCAGAGAGCACCUCAGACACGCCGCUACCCCCCCUCAGUUUCAUCCUCCCCUCAGAAGGACAUGCAGCCCAAGAAUGGCUUCAGUUCAAUACACGGAACACAUUCUGGGGAAGCAACAGCGGGCUCUGCAGUAUCAGUUCGGCCGGUGUCUGACUCAGUCACGCCUGUCUCCAGCAUGGGGACUGACAGUGGCUCGGGCCCUGCCUCCUUGAUGACUUCAUCCAAUCAGACAUCUCUGAGCGGUAUGGGGCACAGUGAAGACAUGCCUCCAAGCACCCUGCCCCUGCCUCAACACAACAACUCUCACCAGUCACAGCAGAACAGCCUAGCUCAGUCUUCGGUCCGGACAUCCAACUCCAGCUUAAUGCAUCCCAGCGUAGACGGUGACUCAAGCCUGCACUGCUCCAACUUCCCCUCCUCCGUGUCAGCGGUGCCAUCAUCAGUCCCCUCCUCUUCCUCAGCGCAAGUGUCCCACGGGGCCCAUCAGGCCCCCUCUGUGGGCUCUAACACAGUUUCAGCUCCCUCUGGUCUCUGCCCUAUCAGCAGCCUGGCCAUGGGCCUUAACCCCGCCUCCAUGAGUGUUCAAGCUGCAGCAGUCGCCGCCGCCUCAAUGUCCGCGGCAGUCUCAGCAAUUCCUUCUUCAGCGACUUCCUCUUCCUCACGCAGCUCAGCGUCAUCCUCAGGGAAAGCUCCACCAAACCUGCCCCCUGGAGUGCCCCCUCUACUGCCCAACCCUUACAUCAUGGCCCCUGGACUACUGCACGCCUACCCUCCUCAGGUGUACGGCUACGAUGACCUACAAAUGCUGCAGACAAGAAUACCGCUGGAUUAUUACAGCAUCGCACCCUUUGCAACUCCCACAACAGCACUGACUGGCCGAGACGGCAACUUGACCAACAACCCUUACUCUGGUGACUUAUCAAAGUUUGGUCGAGGUGAUGCGUCGUCCCCGUCUCCAGCCACCACAUUAGCGCAGACACAACAGAACCAGACGCAGACGCAUCACACCGCGCAGCAGCCCUUCCUCAACCCAGCGCUGCCGCCCGGCUACAGCUACACGAGCCUCCCCUACUACACCGGCAUGCCAGGCCUGCCCAACACCUUCCAGUACGGACCUGCUGUGUUUCCGGUGGCUCCUACCUCGUCAAAGCAGCACGGUGUGAAUGUCGGCGUCAAUGCUUCAGCCACACCCUUCCAGCAGGCUAGUGGUUAUGGUUCCCAUGGAUACAGCACUGGCUAUGAGGAUGUGGGCCAGGCUUCAGGGAGUGGGGAUUUCUGUAAGGGCGGAUACGGCACUGCUGUGGCCGCUGCCGCUUCUGCACAAAACAAGCCAGCCAGCUCUGUCACCGGGCCGGGAGUCGGAGUUUCUGUGACAUCAAGCAACACGGGGGUACCAGACAUUUCAGGGUCCGUUUACACAAAGACUCAGUCGUUUGAUAAGCAGGGUUUCCACGCUGGCACGCCUGCAGCGUCGUUCAGCCUGCCCUCGGCUCUGGGUAGCGGGGGACCCAUCAACCCCCCGGCUGCCGCUGCCUACGCCCCAGCCCCCUUCAUGCACAUCCUGGCCCCUCACCAACAACCCCACUCUCAGAUUCUGCACCACCACCUGCAGCAGGACGGACAGAGCGGCACUGGACAGCGCAGCCAGAACGCCUCCAUUCAGCAGAAGUCUCAGAUCAACAAGUCGGCAUACAACAGCUACAACUGGGGGGCUAACUAACAUCUACUGUCGGGCCCCCACGCUGUUAACAGAAGUUAGAAGGGGGCUCAUCACUCCUUCCGCAAACGGUCUCCACAUAUAAACUCCCUCUUCCUCCUGCAGAGAUCCCGCCCCUGUCUCUUGGCCCAGCACUCCUGCCGCUCUGACUGCGGUCAGAGGAGGUGCUGUGCCGAGAGGACGAGCACUGUAAUGAUGCAUGGAUGGGUGGAAGGGGCAGGAAGGGCUUAGAAGAGAGGGGAGAUCAAAGCUAAAUGGUUAUAGAAAUACACCGUCAAAAGGUGAAAUAUUGAGUGUUGGGAAUUUGUAUCGUGUUAAACCCCCCCCCCCUUUUUUUUUUUUUUCUUUGACUUGUAUGUAACAUAGAACUGUUUUCUAAAAGAAUGAAUGUUUCCUGUAUGGUCUCUAUUUGUCUUUUUUUAGUCUUCCCCCUCCCCCUUUUUUCUUGCAGAUGGGGAGGAAUGAAGUAAAAUCUGAAGGUGGGGGGACAGGCUGGUUUUGUAUUUCUCACUCUCAAAUUCCCACUCUUUAACUUUGGUGGAAACUUUUCCCUCCCACACACAAAAAAGGCCCAAACACAAAAAUUUGCUUGAUUGUUGUUAAAUGUUUUUUUUGUCAUUUUAAGUUUGAAAAAAAAAACAAUUCUCUAAAUUGGUAGAGUUGUGAAGUUUAUUUUUUACCAAAUAUAGAUAUAUUAUAUAUAAAGACAUAUUAACAAACUCACUGGCUUGGACUGUGAGGAAAGUGUGUUCGUCAUGUGACUGCGUGCAUGUUUGUACACAAGGGGCCGUGGUUGUGUACUGUGCUUUGUUUUUUGCCUAGCACAGAAUUUUUCAUUAUCCCACACUUGUACAGUAAUUGUUCCCAUGAAUUAUAAAUAUGUUGCAUUAAGGCCCCACCUAUUCUGCAAGAGUUGUUGAAUGAUUUCCAAGGCCAAUACACACCCAAUCUGCCUUCCAGUGUAUCUAGUUCUCUGAGGCCCCCCACCUCCUCCCUGCUUCACCACCUGUCCCCCAUUGUAAGGAAGCCUGCAGCGUUGAAUACUGAUGGACAGAAUUGUACUAUGGGUUUUUUGUCAGUGAUUUAUUUUUCUUUUUGUACUGUGCGUUUUAAAAACAAUUUAAAUGGUUAAACUUGUCUUGUACAUAUAUAAAAAAACACAAGUACUGUAUGUAGUCCCUGUUUGUUCGAUGGCUUUCUCUUUUCCUUCUCAAAUCCUUGCAGUUUGUUAGCUUUUUCGUUUCAUUUAUUUUUUUUAUUUUGUAAAAAUAUAUAAAUAUUAAUUAAAUAAACAAGAAAAAGACAUAUUCAUCAUUUUGGAUGUGAAUGUCUUUUAAGAAACUA